GCGGGGCCCCUAAUUAUGACACGGGAGGCGCCCGUGAGUGACGGCCCUCGCUCCCUGGCUCCCUCCCUCUUGCUUUUGCCCCGGGCGGGGCCCUGGGGGCCGCCCUGCCCUGCCCUGCCCAUCCCUGACCCCGGAGCCGCCCCGAGGAGCCCCUGCGCUUCCCGGGAGCGGCCUGCCCGCGGCAGCAAAGAGCCGGCGCCUCCACGGGGGGCUCCUCCGCCCCCAGCGCCGCCUCCGCUCCCCUCCCCUCCCCUGCCUUCCCUUCCCCUCCGCUCCGCUCCGCCGCCUCCUUCAGUGCCGAGCCGGACGGAGACCGGAGCGCUCCUCCUGCCUCCUCCUCCUCUCUCUCUCUCUCCUGAAGUCCAUGAAGCCGCGGCCAUGGAGCGCAGGGCAAGCGCCGCUCCUUGCGAGGAAGGAGAAGACAGCGAGGAAGUUUUGCUCUCGGGGGUCUUCUCGCUCGCGCCGGACCCGCAGCCCAACUACGCCCUGAGCCUCACCAAGGACGCCCAGCUCCGCGUGCGAAGGCUGGACGGACCCGCCGGCGGCGGCAGUAGCAGCAGCAGCAGUAGCGGUACUACCUCUUCGUCCUCGUGGAGCGUGUGCCUGUCGGAGUGCGUGGGCUGCCAGGCGGUGCAGAGCCCCGGCGCCCCGCAGCCGCCCCCGGCCGCCUUCUUCACGCUCUUCCUCUACCCGGCCAGGAAGGGCUGCUGCUGGUGGGACGCCUCCACCUCGCGGCAACGCCUCGUGCGCACCUUCGGCGCCUGCGUCUCCCGCGAGCCCGCCGAGAACCGGCGCCUGGCCGAGACCUGGGCCCGCGAGAUCCGGCGCCUGGCCGCCCCCAGGCCGCCCCCGAGACCAGGAGUAACAUAUGGCCUCCUCCCUCGACCCUGUCGAGUGAUGGUUCUGCUGAAUCCACAGAGCGGAUCAGGCCGGGCUCCAUGCCUGUUCAGAUGCCAUGUCCAGCCAAUGCUGAAGGAAGCCAACAUUGGAUUUGACCUGUUUGUAACUGAGAGGCGCAACUAUGCUUGGGAUAUGGUGAAAGAGAAAGACUUGUCCAGGUGGGAUGCCUUGGUGGUGAUGGCUGGAGAUGGCUUACUGUAUGAGGUGAUCAAUGGACUGAUGGAGCGUCCUGACUGGAAGUCUGUGAUCCAGAAGCCUCUUUGUAUCCUCCCAGGAGGCUCUGGGAAUGCCCUGGCAGCUUCUCUAAAUCAUUAUGUGGGCAAGGGCAGCUUUGCCAAAGAAGAUCUGCUAAUGAACUGCACAUACUUUCUAUGCAAAGGCCUGUAUGCUCCUAUGGACUUGGUGUCCCUACGCACAGCUUCAGGGAAGCACCUCUUCUCCUUCCUUAGCUUUGGCUGGGGUUUCGUCUCUGAUGUGGACAUUGCCAGUGAAAGAUAUCGUAAACUAGGAAGUAUCCGCUUCACUGUGGGCACAUUCCAGCUUCUGGCCUCACUCCAGGUUUACAAGGGCCGCAUUUCAUACCUGCCGGCUGAAGAUCAAAGCUUCACCUCAGACUCCUCAUUUCCUCCUGGAGCACAGAAUGACACAUCAGCUCAGGAUGCAGCCCAGAUGCUUUCCAACAACAUCCUGUCCCCAAGCGUGCCUGCCCUCCCUAGCCAGGACUCUGUGCUUGAGGACUCCCUGUUGGUACCUUUGGAGCAACCGGUUCCUCAGCACUGGACUGUAGCACCUCAGGAGGAGUUUGUCUCCAUCAUAGCUAUCUUUCAGUCGCACCUGGGAGCAGACCUCCUUCUAGCCCCUUCAGCCAAGCUGUAUGAUGAUGCAAUUCACCUUUUCUAUUUGACUGCUGGCGUCUCCAGGAUGGCCAUGAUCAAGUUCUUCAUGGCCAUGGACAAAGGAACACACCUGUCUCUCAACAACCCCCACCUCCACUAUGUGCCUGUGAAAGCUUUUCGGGUAGAGCCCUUCGAGUCCAAGGGCGUCAUGACAGUGGAUGGUGAAGUGUUGGCAUGUGAACCCGUACAAGGCCAAAUUCAUAGACAACUUGCACGUAUCAUCACAGGCUCCUGAGAGACCUGAAGCCUUCAGAGAAAGUAGCAAUAAUUCUGGGCACAAAGGACUCAUGUAAGCAUGGGGCAGGAUGAGAAGAUUUCACUGGUGCUCUACCUGGUCAAGACAACAUCAACUGAUCAUUCUCAGGGUGAAUGGAGUUUUAGAGCAGCUACAUAGUAAUUACAAUAAGGAAGCCUGUUUUGUGUUGGCAGACUAUGUUCUCUCUCCAGUGCUGUGCAGUAGUAAAGUUAGCUUUACAGUCUUCCUGCUCUGCAUAGCCCUAGAGGGAGAGAAAGUAGGUCUCCAAAUUAAACCAAAGCCAGCUCUACUGCAAAGCUGUUUUGCCCUUCCCAAGAUCAAACCCUUCAUACAAAGCAGCUGAAGCAGAGGGCAUGACAUCAUCUUAAUGCAGUGUUUAGAUAAAAAUGGCUCAGUCCCAUGCCACGUUGGGGACCACUUUAAGCCUCUCAUUUUGUAGGGUUUUUUUUAAUUAUAAAAAACUAUUACUAAAGUUGUAUGAAGUGAUAAAUUAUAUUCUUAUGGAGAAAUUAAAUAAAGAUGCAGCUUCUUCAAAAAAGCAAGCAAGCAGUGAAACAAAUCAAAAAUGGAUUUCAGUUCAGAAUGGUGCCAACAACUCUGGUAUUUGUUAAGACUGAGGCUGUCUCUUUUCUCUUCAGAGAACAAGUAGCUCCUGGGAUGGUUGUAUAUUAUGUUGCCUUCCGGAUGUAUUGGGCUGCAGCUCUCACCCGCCCUACCCCAUGCAGCUGAUGUGAAGAAUGCUGGGCUUUCCAGUUUGGCAACAUCUGGAAGACUGCUCAAUUCCCACCCUUGUCUUAGAAUGCCAUUCAGUCCACAUGUCUCCUCCCAUUGCAGCUAUGACAUCCUAAUUGAUACCAUACCCUUUUGAUUUUCUGACAUAAGGGGUUCAUCAGCAAACUGAGUAGUUAAUUGGUUACUUUUGAUCCAGAAAAUUAGAAGAUGGGUUUACAUACUCUCCAGCAGUUACAUACCUCCAAUUUGUUUUAUAAUUAAAGUUGUCACCUACAUAUGUUUAGAUUCCUUGACUGCCCUAGGGGACAAGUCAACACCUGCAGCAUCUAUAUGCUAAUGACAGUGCAAGGUAACCUAUCUGACAGCUUUCCAGCACUGCCAAAAAUGGUGGGGAGGAAUUGUGGCGGUCUUACCACAUUUGUUAUGUGCUUGAGAAAUAUACACUGUGAAUUUUGCCCAAAGGUCUUGUGAAAAAUGAUGCAGUUUGUUAGGGGAGACAACUUUAGCUCCAACCAAGGUGCACACCAAGAUUCUAUGUAACAUGUCCAAUAUUAUCCUAAAGGUGAGAGGUUCAAAAGUAAUUUAUUAAGAUUUGUUUAGUUCAGAAAACAAAGGCUUCAGCAAUACAGCUGUUUUCAGUUUUAAAGCCACCCAACAUGACCACAGCAUUUAUUGAUAGCCUUUCGAAUACAUUAGUAGAUUUUAUAUGUAUGUAAAGUGGAUUAAGGGAAUGUGAUAACUUGAGCUAACACUUCGAUGAGGUGGAUUACCAACUUUUCUUUAAUAUGUCUCUGCCUCCUAACACAACACUAGUGGGCUUUUGGGGAAAUGAAAGGGUUCACAUGCAGAGCUAUGAGGAUUGCUAGCAGCAAGGUUAUUGAAUAAGUUCAAGGGCUGCAGCCAUCCUAUCCCUACUGAAACACAGACCUCCUCACAUAGCAUGUUCUGCAAGAGAAUGAAGUAGGCACUUUCAUAGCACACAGAAAAGUCUGGGCUGCCAGCUCCUAAGUGUCAGGAUCAAAUUGAUGGCACUGAUACAGAGCAAUACUGUUUUCCUACCAUGAGAACUAGAUGCAAGUUUAAGAAGACGACUACAUUACUUUAAGAUUCUUAUUUUUAUUAUUCCACUAGCUUUAUGGAGAUAUUGCAAUAGUCUCACUUUGUGCAGACAGAGAUUAAGCUGUAUGUACAGUAUACACAUAAUGGAUUUUGAGUUGCAAUUUACUAAGGACCAGCACUUGCUUUUGACUGCAGAUAGAAAGCCUUCAAGAGGGUUACAAAAGUGUUGAGAUUUCUCAUAUGGCUCCUACAUGCUCUUCAAAAUAUGAGCUAACUAGACUUCUUAACAACAGUAUUGCCUAUAAAAUACAUAUUACAGAAGUCUUUAGAGUUUGGUAAGCUAAAAUUAGUGUAGACUGAUGCCCUUAAAGUGAUGGUCCAAGCUUGGAAGCCUGUGCAUCAUAUAUAACACAAAAUAGAGUUGUUGAAGUGUAAAAGAACCUAGGAAUACACCUUCCAGAAAGAACAACUCUACAGGCAGUGAUACAUGGAGGUGGUGAUGUGGAGUCCAGAUGUACCUCUCAGUGCAUGUAAAAAUAAAUUUUAAAAACGACAAAGCAAAAAGGGGAACAGGGACCAGUGGCACCUUAACACCUGACUUAUCACAGGAUGUGUGUGUGUGCCUUCAAGUGUCCUGUCCAUUUAUGGUGACCCUAUACAUUUCAUAAGGCUCUCCUUGGCAAGGAAUACUCGGGUGGUUUGUCCAGUUCUUUCCUUUGAGAAUACAACUUACAGCACUUAUUUUUGUUGGUGCUCUUAUCCAAGUACUAACAAGAGCUGAUCCUGCUUAGCCUAAGGGGACCAGAUGGGAUCUGGUGCCCUUAGGGGUUUUUUAGGCUGCUCAAGGCAUGACUUUUCAUCAAUUUCAGUCGACUUCUGCUUUUUAAGUACAGUACACAGCUGUGCAGGUAGGAUGAGUGUAAUUCGAUAUAGAAAGAUACGAACUCCGAUACUGGCCGUAAACCGUCAAAGGCCUAUUUAACAAAGAAAAAGGCAGACCAACUGGGCAGUGCACACAGAUUGGUGGAGCUCUCAGAUGUAUGCUUCUGAAGGAUAGCAGAAAGCAGGGGAAUCGAUGGCUCUUACAUCUCCUAUCACUCACAACCCAAACAGCCAACCAGCAAAAUGUGAGUUGUACAGCUGCACCUGGAGCACCACUGCCCUUUCAACCUGAGAAUGGAGCUUGCUCUACCUCCCUUUUCAUUGUGCUGUGAAGAACACCCUCAUUUACCCCUGGAAAUACAAACAAACACGGAGUCAGACUAUUUUUUUCUAGGGGCUUUUUGAAAGAAGGGUCAGCUGAGAGUAAUGCAGUUGUUUUCCAAAGAACAAGACGAUCACAUGAGAACUUUAAAGUGAUUAAUAUCACAAAGUGUUGAGUUGCAAGAGGAAUGGAGCAAUCCAAUUGGCAUGUCUGGUUCUUUUUUGAAAAAAGGAUUUAAGUUCCAGACUACUGAUAAGGGGAUACGUUUGUGUCUAGUCUUUAGCAUUGAAAACUCAUGAUUGAAAUGCUUCUCCAUAGCUAUUUACACAGUUGAGAGGUAGUUGGCCUUAAUUUCCUUUUUGUUCCCUCUCCUUUUAAGACCCUUUUGCAUUGCCAUAUAAUUCAGAUUACCAAAGAAAAUAAUCUAUAUUAUCUGCUUUGAACUGGAUUAUAUGAUAUAUGAGUCUAUACUGUCAUAUAAUCCAGUUCAAAUCAGACAAUCUGGAUUUUAUAUGGUAGUGUAGAAGGGGCCUAAGAGAUCAGAAAUAAGCCAAUCUCACAUGUGUAACCUACAAUGUCCUGGUUUAAUUUCAGUUAGAAAUGUUGAAUGUAGUCAGCUGUCUUUAUUCAUGGAUUUUGCAUCCACAAAGUCAAUCACCCAUGGCUUGAAAAAUAGGAAAACAAAUCCCAGAAGUAAAACUUGAUUUUGCCAUUUUAUGUCAGGGACACAAUUUUACUACACCAUUGUAUAUUAUAGGAAUUGGGCAUAUACACAUGUUGGUAUCCACAGGUAAACCAAACCCCUGUGGAUACCAAGGGCCCACUCUACAAUUACAGAUGCUCUCACAAUUAAUAGUAUUUAACCAGCUGGUUCAGGUCUCAUAAACUUUUAUUCUGUUCUAUUUCAGGUUAGGGGAGAGAAGAUGGAUUUGAGUGUAUCAAAGAAAGUCUUAAAAUCACACAUUAGGACAUUGUGCUGAAGGGCAGUAUUUUAACAUUCCUACUGUUGGUUUCCUAGAAACCUUAUGAUUCUGGCAGAUUCAAGGAGCUGAUGUAUGAGCAUGGCUAUUUGUACAUAGAGGACUACUGAAAAAUUCCAAGAGGCAUGAUCUUUAUGCAUAAAUUUAUACACAUUAAGAAACUAUCCCAUAUUUCCUUUCAAAAACCUGAUUAUAGGAGGAGGGGGAUACACAAACUGGUCAACUAAUACUGCAGCUAAGAGGAGCCAAUUAACCCAGGCUCUGUCUCAGUCACCAAAAUGCUUCUGGGGGCUUGGAUAGUAGCAAAGGGGCACAACACUGAAAUGGACAGGUCACAAGGACAACUGAAACAAUCAGUACAUGUAAAAGUAUCAAGGAAGAGAUGUCAAGGGAAAAGCUUCCCUGUGGACUGCUCACAAAUGAUAGGGGUGAUUUGUA